CUGAAGGGAGAGAAGGAGUGGGAGGAAAGAAAGCGGAGGAACGCCGAGGAGGCGAAGAAGAGGAAGUGGGAAAGCCAUGGCCCACAAGGUUCUAACAAAAAGGGGAACCACGGGGGAGGAGGAUCGUUCAGGGCACCGGCGCCGCCAUCCAAGGGAAACUCGGCUUUCGGCGGGCACAACUCGGGCUCACAAGCCUCGACAGCGCCCAGGUGCCGAAAUUGCAAUAGGAGCCACGCCGGUAAGUGUCGUGACCCUCCUCGGUGCUACCAAUGUGGAGACACGGGGCAUCUUAAGCCAAAUUGCCCUCAACUUGGUGGAAACCGAGGGGCGGGAUCAAGCGGCGCUACUACGGCAAGUAGGAGUCGGACCGGAGCACCCCAUGCUAGUACGGGGCAGGGGGGAGCAAGCGCCAGCAACGCGCCGUCCGUGAAUCAAGGAAGGACGCAAGCUAGAGUCUACGCAAUGACCGAGGCCGAUGCUCGGGCCAAUCCCGACUCCGUUGCAGGUAAUACACGUAUUCCCAUGUAUUUCUAGGCUUGCAUUGAUCAUAUACGUCGUAGGGAUUGAGUGCGGGCCACCCCGGGGUCAAAACCGGGCAAGUUAGGCCAAAUCAGCUGGAAACAGCCACUGCCGGCCAGGCACGCUCGCAGGCACGCCGUGCCUGGCAUCGUGCCUGGAGGGCAGUGGCAACCGGAAGAUUUUUGGGCCAGGCACGGUCGCAGGCACGCCGUGCCUGGCACCGUGUCUGGAAGGCAGUGGCACCCGAAGAAAAGGAAAAAAAAAAAAAAAAAAAAAAAAAAAAAAUUUGGGCCAGGCACGGCCGCAGGCACGCCGUGCCUGGCGUCGUGCCUGGAAGGCAGUAGCGUCCGAAGUAUUUUUG